GGGGCAAGCCGGAACAAGCUGUCCCUGGGAACCUGCAGGCUCCCUCACUCCGUUUCGGAACCCCAUUCUCCUCCGGGGAGACAGGAGGGGGUUCCAAGGGACUUGGAUACAGUCCCUUUGCGGAGACGGUGGAGACACGUAGCUGCUUCGGGGCUGAUCCUGCGGAGCGGGGCGCCCCUCCCCGCCCCCAUUCCCCUGGGUUUCACUCGGGUUCUUUGCAAAGGGAGGGGACAACGAGGGGGCCCUGCGCAUCCCCCUUCUUGGAGCUGCAGGCUAGGAGCCCUGCGCCCUCGGGAGCCCCUGCAGCUUGCCCUCGGCCGCACGGGGGUGCAGGCUGUCCCCGCCGCCCCCACCCGAGGCUCGCCCUCGCUCCCUUUUUCCAGCUCCGCCAGCCGGAGCGCGCACACCGGGGCUCCCGCACGUGGGCGCGCGGGAGGCGGCGGCCGCUGCUGCCCGAGCCCAAGCCGGAGCAGGGCAGAUCGCCCUCCAUGCUGCGGGAGCCGCGGCCGCCUCGCGCUCAGCCUCUCGCCCCAGCCGAGCACUGCGAGCGGGCGAAGCAGCGGAGGGGAACCGGACGGUGACGCGAAGAGCGCAGCGGACUAAAGCGACCCGGGUUUUGAGCGAAGGGCGCCCGCUUGUCGGGAGCAGGCAGCCCGGCUGGGUCGCUCGCCCUCGGCUCCUACCAGCGCUGAGGGCUACGGGCGGUGCGAUGUCGCUGCGCUGUUUCUAGGCGGUGGCCGGGGACGCCUCCUGCAGCCACUCGGCCCGCACCGGCGGCCCCCAAUUCCCUUCCACCCGCAAGUCCUCGGAUCACUCCCGGAGGACGCGCCGGGCCACCCGGGGCGGAGCGGGCGCCAAGUCCGAAGUCUGUCCCCAGCACAGCCAACUUCUGCGGGAGCCCCUCGGCCCGCUGCAGCCUGCGCCAGCCCCGGGAGCGAUGCGCCCCCAGCCGGGCGACGCUCCCUCUGCCAACUCGCCACCCAUGGGAUCCACUGCCCUCGGCCGCCCCGCUUGGAGCGCGUAGCUCUCACUGCGCGGCCCAGGAGAGGAGUGAGACACUAAGGGGGUUCGCUGACCCUGCGUGCACCAGACUGCUGUGAACCCCUGAAGGGGAAGCAUCUGUAUUUGAGGAGAAAUACUUCUGUGUUUGAAAAAAGAGAAAGAAAAAGAGAAAGAAAAGGAAAGAAAGCAAGGAAGACCAUCUAGUCUUCAAUACAUGCACAUGAUUUGACUUAGAAGAACCCUCCAUCCUCAGGAACUCGAGGACAGCUGCCCUGGAACCCGUGUGGAAGUUAAGGAGACUGUUGCUGUGCUGGGGAUCUGAGAACAUUAUUUUAAUCCCAAUGUUGCCCUGACAUUUGUAUCUAAGAUUCAAGAAGAUUAAGACUAAAAAGAUGCCUCAGGAACAGUACUCCCACCACAGGAGCACCAUGCCCAGCUCAGAGGGGCCACACAUAUACAAAGUGGGGAUUUACGGCUGGAGGAAAAGAUGCCUGUAUUUCUUUGUCCUGCUCCUCAUGAUUUUAAUACUGGUGAACUUGGCCAUGACCAUCUGGAUUCUCAAAGUCAUGAACUUCACAAUUGAUGGAAUGGGGAACUUAAGAAUCACAGAAAAGGGUCUGAAGCUGGAAGGAGACUCCGAGUUCUUACAACCUCUCUACGCCAAAGAAAUCCAGUCCCGACCAGGUAAUGCCCUAUACUUCAAAUCUGCCAGGAAUGUGACAGUGAACAUUCUCAAUGACCAGACAAAAGUGCUGACUCGGCUGGUGACAGGUCCGAAAGCUGUGGAAGCAUACGGCAAAAAGUUUGAAGUAAAAACGGUUUCUGGAAAAUUGCUCUUUUCUGCGGAUGACAGUGAAGUGGUCGUGGGAGCCGAGAGAUUGCGAGUCUUAGGAGCUGAAGGCACAGUCUUUCCCAAAUCCAUAGAAACACCUAAUGUCAGAGCAGACCCCUUCAAGGAACUAAGGUUGGAGUCCCCAACCAGAUCUCUAGUGAUGGAAGCCCCAAAAGGGGUAGAAAUAAAUGCAGAAGCGGGUAAUAUGGAAGCCACCUGCAGAAGUGAGCUGAGACUGGAGUCCAAGGAUGGGGAGAUUAAGUUAGAUGCUGCGAAAAUCAAACUACCUAGGCUGCCUCGUGGAUCCUACACACCCACAGGAACGAGGCAGAAGGUCUUCGAGGUCUGCGUCUGCGCCAAUGGGAGGUUAUUCCUGUCCCAGGCAGGAACUGGUUCCACUUGUCAGAUAAACACAAGUGUCUGCCUUUGAAGGACUAUCCAUAGUGGACAAUUGUUGGCAGCAUAAAGGCCCUUUUUGGCUUGAGACACUGGCUGCCAGCUAUUUUUACUAGAACACAGAAAGCCUAUCAAAGACCUUUUGUGUAUGUGUGUGUGUGUGUGUGUGUGUGUGUGUGUGUGUGUGUGUGUGAGUUUGUGUGUGUAGUGAGUGGAUAUAAAUAUAUAUAAAUAUAUAUAAAUAAAUAUAUAUAUAUCCUCUGUAUAAAAUGAGGUUUCAGUACAAAAGGAACCAUGGGUGACCCUGUGACAUCAUUCACUGUCAUUUUUCUACCCUACCCCCAUCACCCACAUGACAGAAUCUAAGAACCCAUUCAGGCCCAGCAUUCCCCAGGCAAUUUCAAAUCACACUGUGGAUUGCGCACUUAGAGAAUAUCCAUCGAUAUUUUCAAGUAAUCCCCUAGUUUCUUUCUUAGAGUCAUUAGAGGCAGUGAUGGCGGGAAUCUUUGGAUCACUCUCAAGUAAUGAUACAUUGGUAUAAAAGAUAAACAUUUGACCCAUCUAUAAUCCCAACACCAGGCAAGUUGUGGUGAUGGAGGCCAGCCUAGGCUACAUAGUGAGGCUGUCUUUAAAACAUAGACAUUUGGUUUCCCUUUCUUAGCUUCAGCCAAGAUGGCCAAGUUCUUCUCUUCAAGAUAAGGCUAGGGUACACCCAUAGAAAUUAGUCACAAAAACUCAAAAUGGCCACCCUACCUUUGUAGACCAACAUACUAGGAGUUGUGUGGCUAAAAGAAUGGGGGCAGGGAGGUUGAAUUCUGAAAGAAUAUAAGUCACUCACCUGACUUCUACUUAUUCUACUUCCUUUAACUCACAUAGUUUCCUACAAUCAAAGAGUAAGAGCUUUUAAUCAGCAUAGAAGAGGACAUCAGCUCCUCCACCAAAGGCUAGAAGCUAUUUAAUGGACUGACAGACAAAAAAUACAUGGGCAAGACAUCUCAUUUCAGGGAAACCUGUCUCUCAAGUGUUUGGGUUCUCACUUCUGACUUUAUCCAACGGAUGAACUCAAAAUCAUUAAAUCAAUCAGAAUCCCAAAGAGUGAGCUCCAGAUCCCAAGAGAAGUUAUUUCAAGAUGGAAAUCUAACUAAGAGUACCAUAGGGAAGCUAACUAAUUUUCCUAAGUUUCUUGAGAUGGGUAGGCCAUUGAGAGACACGUCAUAUUUUCAAGGGCUUGCACAGACUCUCUUGCUUUGCUCUUGUAGAUUGUGUCAGUGCUGGGGUAUUCAUAUUCCUGAACUCAAUGUUGUGAAACCUAAGCCACUACAUGCUGCCAGAAUUACUCACAGCAGGUUAAUAUAAACAGAGUCAUGUGUCUUCAUCAGAACCACUAUCCCCUGGGUUCAGCAGCACCCAAUACCAAUAUAUGGAAAUAGUCUCUAAUUCCCGCCAUCAGCUACCUCUUAUCAACCCCACUUUCAUUGCCAUGCCCCAGGGUCACCCUGGCCAGCUCUUGUGCUGGGACAGGGGAUUACACCAUCUCUGUUCAAAGAGGGGGAAAUGUGCCUAUGCCUUAAGCCAAUGCACUCAGCAAGGAGAAGCACAUCCUAUUUAUCUUGUUAUCUGUAGUUUAUUUUGGGUGGUUGAAGGGAAAUGGUUUAGUCAUGACUGGGCAUCAGAAACUGGUAGACAAACCAACUGGUUUCCACAUUUGGACUCAGAGGAGCCCAGAAUGGAGGUAUAACUGAAACUAGGUGAAACAGUGGCUCUACAAUCUUGAAUGAAGUUGCUUUUGUAGGCCUCAGUGGUAUUUGUUUUUGUUUUUGUUCUCCACAAGGUUCUAAUUUUUCUUACUCCACAAGCUGAACGGUUUGUUAUAGGAGACAAAAAAAAAAAAAAAAAAAAGAGGUUUGCUAUUUCUAAUAUGACAA